AUGUCAUUUUUUUAUUUAAUGUAGUAAUAAAUCGGCAGUUAUCUAGCGCGCGUUAACGUAUUUUCUAACAAUUUGAAUAUUAAAAAUCAGUUAUAGAUUCCUAAUAUUAACGAUGAGGGUGACGGACAGUUAUAACCUAGUCGUUUGCAUAACGUAACAGCGAAAGGUUCCCGAUGGUCAAGAAGACGAUGGUUCUGAGUACGGAGUGGGCGCAGGUUGAAGUGGUUGAGUUAACGAAUGACGGCAACGGUCUCGGCUUCAACUUAGUGGGUGGCCGGAGCACCGGUGUCGUAAUAAAAUACGUGCUACCCGGCGGGAUUGCUGACAAGGAUGGUCGGCUUCAGAGCGGCGAUCAUGUAUUACAAGUGGGUUCUGUGAACUUAAGAGGCUUCACAUCUGAACAAGUGGCUGCUGUACUUCGCCAGGCUGGGCCCACGGUACGCUUAUUGGUCGCGCGACCUGCCGACCCAGCCACCGCUCUGCGAGCUCCGAUUCCAGGAACCGCGCUCGUCCCAACGAAACUACUCGCUGAUCCAGAGCUCUUGGAUCGUCAUUUAAUUGAAACGGGAUACAGUGCAGUGUACGAUUUAUCGCAAUGCUAUGGUGAAUACUUAAACGGGCAAAAUGGUGAUGUUGAGAAUGUUAUAGCCGCAGUCAGUAUUAUUAGUGAGAAUCCACAGCAAAUAGCAGACCAUCCAAUCAUAAUUGAUGCAGUGUCACCAGCAAUCACAAUCACAGAGCCAGUGGAGCUUCCAGUGUUACCUGAAGUGGAAACUGUUCAUGUAGAUUUAAAUAAAAAUGUGUACGGUCUGGGUAUCACUGUAGCGGGAUAUGUUUGUGAAAAAGAAGAGUUGUCUGGCAUAUUUGUUAAAAGUAUUAUAGAAGGAAGCAGUGCAGAACAAAGUGGUAAAAUUAAAAUUAAUGAUAGAAUAAUUGAAGUUGAUGGUAUAUCAUUAACUGAUAAGAGCAAUCCUCAGUCUGUGGAGAUAUUAAGGAAUACAGGGAUAUCUGUACAUCUUGUUUUAGAGAGGUACUUGAGAGGUCCAAAGUUUGAGCAUCUUCAGUUGGCAAUAUUCAAUGAGGAGCGCCCUGCGUCCCCUACACCCUCAGCUACAACCCUUACAUGGUUCCCAGUGCCUUCACAAGCUGAAAACAGUGUAACAGAAAUCGAACCAGAACCCGAAUCAAAUACAACAAUAGACUCUAGUGUUUUAGAAGUUGGUGAAGACAAAGAGCCCACACAGGAAGAGUUGGAUAAACGCCUUGAUGAAAUACUUAGUGUAGACACUGAAGAGAUAAAGAAACGGUGGGAAGCAGAAAUUGGUCCUGAAAAGGAGAUUCUAAUAGCUGAUGUCAACAAGCUUUCCGGUUUGGGUAUCAGCUUAGAAGGAACAGUGGAUGUGGAAGGCGGUCUAGAAGUUCGUCCUCAUCACUACAUCCGUUCUGUACUUCCAGAGGGCCCAGUCGGACAACAAGGCACCUUUCUUGCUGGUGAUGAGUUAUUAGAAGUAAAUGAAUACAGGUUACAUGGUCUCACUCACACUGAAGUUGUCAAUAUAUUGAAACAAUUACCAAAUCGCGUGCGUUUGGUUUGCGCUCGGAGCAACGUAGACAGUGGACCAAGGCCAGUAAUCAACUUGGCACAAGAUAGAGAAGGCUUUGAAGCAAGAAAGAUCAUUUCUGGAAGUUUAAAUAACCUAACUACCCUUGUGAAAGCACAAUCAGAUACCUCCAUUAACACUUCUAGUACUGCAACAUUGACCAAUCAAUCAGGAUUGUCCAAGAAGUCCAAAUCCCUGGAGUGCGUAUCUGGACUGGCCAUGUGGCAGAGUAAAGAAGAUAUAAUAGAACUUUUGAAAGGUGAUCAGGGCCUAGGCUUUUCUAUCCUGGAUUACCAAGACCCCACCGAUCCAAAUGGUACUGUGAUAGUUGUAAGAAGCCUUGUACCUGGUGGUGUAGCCGAGAAAAAUGGUGAAAUAUCGCCAGGAGACAGAGUGAUGUCUGUUAACGGUGUGAGUAUUAAAAAUGCAACAUUGGACCAAGCCGUGCAAGCCUUGAAAGGAGCACCGAGAGGGACUGUUCGUGUGGGCAUAGCUAGGCCUUUGCCUUCCCAAGAGCCCACCAAGUCAAAAAGCACAACAAACCUAACAGAAAAACCUAGUUAAUCUCUGUAAAGAAAUCCACUGUGUUAGAACUAGUCAAAAAACCAUAUCUAUUUUACGCUUAGCUUAGCAUUAACCUUGCGUUUAGAACGCAUUAAGAUCUGCUAGACUAUCAUUAUGUAUCAUAUAACAUUGAGAGUCCCAAUAUUUUAUUCCACGUAAAAAACUAAACUUUUUUGAAAAGUAUUUAUUUUAUAACUCAUAAUAAUAGUUUCAGAUUAUUUUCUUCAAUCAGAUAUCAUAUUGUGUACUGUUGUUGUACUGUGAGAUCACAAGUUUUUAUGCUUAUAAUUAAUAUAUCAAAACAGAGCUAAAUAUCUAUAAUACAAUAAUAACCUACGCUUUAUUAGGUCUUAAUUAAUAAUCUAGGUCACUCAUCCUUUUAUAAUGCACAGUUUUAAUGCAUAAUGUAUAAAAUAUUUUAAUUCUAGAUAUGUUUAUGUAGAAUACAAUUUUUAAACUUAUAAAAAAUAAUUAAUUCAUAGACAUGGUAACAAUAAAUUUGUUCUAGAACUCAAUCUCAAUAUCAGUUACAUUACAAAUGUUAAGAAAAAGUGUCUUGGUUCAUUACCUAUAAUAUAUCUAGAUUUAAUGAUAAUUAAGCUGUACCUAACUACACUGAGAACACCAUUUUGCAUUAAGGUUAAAUCUAUAAUGUUAAAAAAUAGGUUUUAAACGCCAUUUUAAAUGCUAUUUUUUAAUGAGUAAGGUAUAGGCAUUAGAAAGUUUACACUGUACAAAGCUGAGUAUUAAAAAUGCAAUUAUAGCAAUUGUCUUUACCUCUGUUUUAAUUUAUUCCAUUCAUCAAUAAUAAUAGAAUUUAUUGUCUUAUAAGACUGAAGAAAAUUUUUAUUUGACUAUUACCAUUUAUGUUUUGUGUUUUUAUUCUAGUUAAUUCACAGUCUGUAAAGAUUCUGUCACAAAAAUUGAAAUAUUUGAAUAAGUUGUACUGAUUAAAGGUACCUCAUCAUUAUUUCAGCCAUUAAUGCAAUAAUUGCAUUUUUAUGAUCAGUAUUUAGACACUAGAACCAACCUUGUAGAUCUUAACCUAAGGGAGCAAUUAUGUAACUUCUUUUAAAUUUUACUAAGGAUAAUGAUAUCCAACGAAAUUUUAACUUAGUAAGUAAUGAGAUUCUUAUGGUGGUGGGGCCUAAACCCACAUUAAUUGAAAUGUUUAAUAUGUUAAUUCACAAUGUAACAGUCUAUCUGCAACCUAACACUUUCUGAAGAAGGUUUCAUGUUCCUAGUAAGGUUCUCAAAUUGCAAAUUUAAUGUGUGUGAGAUUUUGCUGGUUAAAAUGCUUUCGCUAAUUAACUUUAUAAUUGGGAACUCUAUUGUGGACUGAGGCCCAGAUGUGAUAAAAGCUCUCAACCAUACUAUUAAAGAUGUAUUAUUUGUCUUUUGAAACUAUUUUUCAUGCAUUGGGAUUAGACGCUUCGCGAAACACUAAUAUAAUAAAAUGACAAUAUGUAAAUUUGAGAUGCAAUAAAAAUAUAGCCUUAUAAUCAAUCCAAUAAAGAAGGUAAACUAACGGCUAGUAGUAGGUAACUAAGGGCAAGUUUCGCAGCUUCUUUACAUCAUCUGAUAAACCUCAGUAAAGAUAACAAAUAAUGUAUUUAUACCACUAUAUGCUUCAAAAAGUCUCAAAUAGGCUAUCGAGGACAUAAUCAAAAAGUGCUGGAACCGGACCUGAAGUAUUGUAAAAAAAAUUCCGCAUCCUGAUAAACCGUCAUCUAUCCACAGAUGUAUGUUUAACUUGUAAAAUAUUUUGUGCACAAAUUUUAGCGAGGCACUUGUGAUAUUAAACGAUUUAUUUAUACUUGUAUGUAUUUAUUGUAAUUAAUUGGACCUAAAUACCAGAUUGCAUUUACAAUGGAUAUUAUGUAUUUAUGUGCAUUUACAGUAUGAGAAUUCAUUUCGUGUGAGAUUUAUCAUAAUCUGUGUAAAUCCGCGCCAAUAAAUAAUUGAUUUUAAAAUAGCGAAUGCAUGCCAUCUCUUUCGCACAACGGCAAUCGCUUGUAUCGGCACGACUAUAUAAUUUACUGGUUAUAAAUUAUAAUCGAAUAUUUAUUGGCGAGGCAUAUGGAAAAUUUCGGAAAAUAAAAAUUCGGUGAAAUCUAUUUGAAUAAUUAUAUGUACAAAACACAUAUUAUUCAAAUAUAGAAUUCUAUUAAAGCUGUUUGAAAUGUAGAAUUUUGCUUUUUAAGUUGAAGUUUUGUUAGGUUAUUAAACUUAUUUCAUUUCUUACAUAUAAUGCUAGUGACUAGUAAAAGUUGAUAUUUUUUAUUUAAUAUGAUGGAUGAAUAAAAGAACUGAAAUAAACAAACGAGGAAAUAUGUAACAUUACAAAAAAAUAAACAAAAAUAAAAAAUAUGUCUAUAUUUUUUUAUAUGUAAUACAUAUUUCCUGCAUAAUUGAAAGGCUACAGAAUCGGAUUUUAUUUUGUUGUCACUUUUAAAUAUAUUCAUUUUAUUGUAUAAAUAAUUUGUACUACAACAAUGAUAAUUUUGCUUAUUUUGCGUAGCAUGUAUGAGACAAUACAGAGCGAGCAAUAAUUGUAUUUUCACAUAUUUCUUGAACGGAAUUCAAUGGGCUCAAAUGCUCUAGCACUGUAAAUGUAAGAUCACAAACUUUACAUAAUGAAAAUGUAAACAUAAAACGGAAAUAU